AUGGAUAAGGUGAAGUAUGUCAGGAUUCCUCUGGAGAUAGGUGCAUAUGCCGAAACUCACAACAUUUUGGACCUAACUCAGGAGCUUGUGCGCGGGCUGGUGAUCGAGCAGCCCGAAGACCCUCUGGAGUGGCUCAUUAGAGAACUGAAAAAACCGGGGCGCCUUCCCCGAGUGCUGGUGCUGGGACCGCCGGCCGUCGGCAAACACAGCGUGGCGUCCCGUUUGGCAGUAAAGCUACGAGCUGUCCAUGUGACCACGGACAGGUUAAUGGACGACUACAAGGAGAUCAGCGUUCAGGCUCGCGCCUAUUUGAAAAAGGACCAGGAGAUACCCGCUGAGCUGCUUUGCGCUUUGGUCCAACAGAGACUGAGAGAACCUGACUGUUUCAACAGGGGCUGGAUCCUGGAUGGUGUUCUCCAGAGCAGGCUGCAGGCUCUGGCUUUACAGAGAGCAGGUAUUCUUCCUGAGCAUGUGGUCCACCUGUGUGCUCCUGAGGACGUGCUGCAGGAGCGCAAUCGAGGACGAAUGCUGGAUCCAGACACGGGAAAUGUCUAUCACCAGACUUUCAUCUGGCCUGAUGACAGGACUGUUGCUGACCGACUGGUGAAGGGCCAGGUUCUGAGUGAGGAGACACUCUCUGCACGUUUACAGCGAUACCGUUGUGAGAUCCCUGGGUUUAGCUCUGCCUACAAACACUCUAUGAAGGUGUUCAACAGUGACCAACCACUUGAAGAUGUUUACCAACAAGUGCUGGCAUUUGUCCAAACCCGGGACUGCCAGAGAACCCCCAGAGUGCUACUGCUGGGUCCACCAGGUGCAGGGAAAAGUCUACAGGCACAAAGGCUCUGUCACAAGUACAAUCUGGUCAACAUCUGCUGCAGUGAGCUCCAAAGGGUUGUAGCUGCGGACCGCUGUGAACUAGGGCUUCAGAUCAAACCCUAUCUGGACAUGGGACGUCCUAUACCAGACCACUUGGUCCUGCAGGUCCUGGAGAAGCGGUUGAAUAGAGAGGACUGCUCCAGGGGGUGGGUUCUCCAUGAUUUCCCAGAGGAGAUCAGCCAAGCCCAGGCACUAAAGAAAACAUUUCAUCACCCAAAUCGAGUGUUCUUCCUGGACCUCAGUGAGGAGGAGAGUGUUCACAGGGUGUCUCUGAGAGCCACAGAUCCAGUGACUGGAAUCAGCUAUCACUCCAUGAACAACCCAGCUCCAAAUGCUGAGGUCCAGAGCCGCCUAAAGACCAGCCCUGCCCACCACAGGGAGGCUGUGCUCCAGCAGCUCCAGCACUUCAAUUCUCAUAGGGCCAGGCUCAGUACUGUAUACCCUGAUGCCAUCCACAUCAAUGCACAACAGGACCCCCAGUCAGUGUUUGAGAUCCUGGAGAAAAAACUCACCACCAACUGA